GAGCGGCCCGCGGAGCGACGAGCGGCGGCGGGAGGGCGUCCCCUCGCCCGCGCCGAGCCCAGAUUGUCCUGAACACCAGAUGUCUGACAGCUUUUCUUGCAACAUUAGCCAUCAUUUUUCACUGCCUCCAAUAUAUCAAAAUUGCUCCAGAAAUUGGAGACAUAUUUGAUUUAAAAGGAAAAAAAAAACCUGAACAAAUGGACAAUAUGUCGAUUACGAAUACACCAACAAGUAAUGAUGCCUGUCUGAGCAUUGUCCAUAGUUUAAUGUGCCACAGACAAGGUGGAGAAAGUGAGACAUUUGCCAAAAGAGCGAUUGAAAGUCUGGUAAAGAAGCUGAAGGAGAAGAAAGAUGAACUGGAUUCUUUAAUAACAGCUAUAACUACCAAUGGAGCUCAUCCUAGCAAAUGUGUUACCAUACAAAGGACAUUGGAUGGUAGACUUCAGGUGGCUGGUCGGAAAGGAUUUCCUCAUGUUAUCUAUGCUCGUCUGUGGAGGUGGCCUGAUCUACAUAAAAAUGAACUAAAACAUGUUAAAUAUUGUCAGUAUGCAUUUGACUUAAAAUGUGAUAGUGUCUGUGUUAAUCCAUAUCACUAUGAACGAGUUGUUUCUCCUGGAAUUGAUCUCUCAGGAUUAACACUGCAGAGUAAUGCCCCACCAAGUAUGUUGGUAAAGGAUGAAUAUGUUCAUGACUUUGAGGGACAGCCAUCGUUACCUACUGAAGGACAUUCAAUUCAAACCAUCCAGCACCCACCGAGUAAUCGUGCCUCCACGGAGACAUACAGCACCCCAGCUCUGUUAGCCCCAUCUGACUCUAAUGCUUCCAGCACCACCAACUUUCCCAACAUUCCUGUGGCUUCCACGAGUCAGCCUGCUAGUAUUCUAGCGGGCAGCCAUAGUGAAGGACUGUUGCAGAUAGCUUCAGGGCCUCAGCCAGGACAGCAGCAGAAUGGAUUCACUGGUCAGCCAGCCACGUACCAUCAUAACAGCACUACCACCUGGACUGGAAGUAGGACUGCACCAUACACACCUAAUUUGCCUCACCACCAAAACGGCCAUCUUCAGCACCACCCGCCUAUGCCGCCCCAUCCCGGACAUUACUGGCCAGUUCACAAUGAGCUUGCAUUCCAGCCUCCCAUUUCCAAUCAUCCUGCUCCUGAGUAUUGGUGUUCCAUUGCUUACUUUGAAAUGGAUGUUCAGGUAGGAGAGACAUUUAAGGUUCCUUCAAGCUGCCCUAUUGUAACUGUUGAUGGAUACGUGGAUCCUUCUGGAGGAGAUCGCUUUUGCUUGGGUCAACUCUCCAAUGUCCACAGAACAGAAGCCAUUGAAAGAGCAAGGUUGCACAUAGGCAAAGGUGUGCAGCUGGAAUGUAAAGGUGAAGGUGACGUUUGGGUCAGGUGCCUUAGCGACCAUGCAGUCUUUGUACAGAGUUACUACUUAGACAGAGAAGCUGGACGUGCACCUGGAGAUGCUGUUCAUAAGAUCUACCCAAGUGCAUAUAUAAAGGUCUUUGAUUUGCGUCAGUGUCAUCGGCAGAUGCAGCAGCAGGCAGCCACUGCGCAAGCUGCAGCUGCUGCACAGGCAGCGGCAGUGGCAGGAAACAUCCCUGGUCCCGGAUCAGUAGGUGGAAUAGCGCCAGCUAUCAGUCUGUCAGCUGCGGCCGGCAUUGGUGUUGACGAUCUCCGUCGCUUGUGCAUACUCAGGAUGAGCUUUGUGAAAGGCUGGGGACCGGAUUACCCAAGACAGAGUAUCAAAGAAACGCCAUGCUGGAUUGAGAUUCACUUACAUCGAGCCCUCCAGCUCCUAGAUGAAGUACUUCACACCAUGCCUAUUGCAGACCCACAACCUUUAGACUGAGGUCUUUCACCGUGGGACCCUAGCCAUUUUUAGGAUGGUGGACUAUGAAAUAUAGUCCUGUUUAUUAUCUGAAGAUGGAAUUCAUUUUUGUUCUGCUUUAUCUUUUCAUAAAGGGUUGAAAAUGUGUUUGCUGCCUUGCUCCUAGCAGACAGAAACUGGAUUCAAACAUUUUUUUUUCCUAUUUUAAAACUUUUCAGGCAUGGCUCAGAGCUUGAAGGUCAGGAAGAACUGAUUGUUACUAAGUCUUUACCAGUUAUUUAUGAAGGAGUCAUUCCACUGCUGGAAAAUUUAGCCCUUUAAAAUGUCCUAGAGCUUUUUCUAUGCAGAACAUCAGCGUGUGUGUUAUUCUACAGAAUAAAUUCAAUAUUGCUGAUUUUGAAGGCAGAGAAGUUCUCAAAGUUAAUUCACCUGUGUUACUUUGUGUGCAAGUUAUUGUUGAACAUACUUUACUUCAAAAUACUGUGCCAUGUGGGUGAGUUAAUUUACUAAGAGCAACUUUACUGUUUUAAAAAUGAAAUAGUCAUGUAUAAUAACCUUUUAUCCAAAAUAUUUUUUGCAAGUUUUAACUAUUGAAAAUAAUUUCAAUUUAGAUUGUCGCAACUUUAGUUUUCUUUUUGCCAAGGCAAACACUAAUAUGUAUGUAUAAGGGCAAUUCCUUAAAAUUGUCAGACAAAAAAAAAUGUCAUUUAAAAUGCAUUUGUUGUCCCUAAUGGAUAACUAUUUAUCAGGAAGUAUACUUUCACCCUUUUGAAUAGUAGAUGGAUUCUUCUAUAUUUCUAGGCGCAAAGUUGGUUAUUAAGCCUAGAGGAGGAAUUUCUUUCCCUUUGUUAAUUCAUAGGGAAAGGUUUUGUAUUUUUAAAAACACUAAAAGCAGUGUCUCUCUGCCUAAUACUUCACUGUUCCGCAAGGUGGCAGUGCUUAAAGUAAAUGAUGAGUAUUUUGGAAACUGCUAAAUUCUAUGUUAAAUACUGUGCAGAAUAAUGGAAACAUUGCAGUUCAUAAUAGGUAGUUUGAAUAUUUUUGUACUUGAUUUGAUGUGUGACUUUUUUUCAUAUACUGUUUAAAUCAUGUAUGUUAUGACAUUGUUUAAAAUUCAGUUUUUGUAUCUUGGGGCAAGACUGCAAACUUUUUUAUACCUUUUGGUUAUUCUAAGCCUUUGCCAUCAAUGAUCAUAUCAGUCGGCAGUGACUUUGUAUAGAGAAUUUAAGUAGAAGAGUUGCAGAUGUAUUGACUGUACCACAGACACAAUAUGUAUGCUUUUUACCUAGAUAGUAGCGUAAAUAAAACUGAAUCUCCGCAUACUAUGUUGAACUCUAGGUUUGGUUUUUAAAUGUUUUCCUCUUGCACUUCUGAGUCCAAUCCCAGAGGCGAGACAUCCUCUGCUCAAUGACAGGCAGAGCUAGUUAUGCUGGGCAGCCUUGGUUUCCCUCCCUCUACCAGGACUCCGUGUACACUAUGGAUCAUGAGUAGAGUUGGUUUUUGAACUUUUCCUAUAGCCUGGGAUAAAUAAUGUGAACUCAAAUCAAGAAUCAUCAUGCUGAUGUUUUUAAUUCUUUGCUUGGAGGGGUUUUUGUAAGCUUUCAGAGUCUAGAAGGUCUGUCAAUGAGCCCUGGAAACUGUAUGCAUCAUGGUUUUCUUUCUCUUGGCUGCAGCCCACUUCAGAAGGUCUUGAAUAGGCUGGCCCAGGAAUCGUGAAUGCUGCAGUGUCUGAGAUGGAAAUCCCAUCCAGGUUACAAACCUUGUUUUCAAAAAGUUUCUAGUCACCCACUGUUACUCUGAAUACUUACAGAUACUUUUGGCAAAGAUCCAAUUAUUAUCUGUAUGUUAGGUGAUUUUUAAAAAGUAUUAUUGGCAGAAUUAUAAAGAUACCUAGAAAUUUCUGUCUUUAGGUCCAUUUUACUAUGGAUGAGGACUUAGGAGUGAGGGGAGAGAGUUUCAGUAUAACAGAUUCUUUAAAAUCCAGGUUAUUUGACUAGAACCUUACCCAUGCAGUGGUACAAUUUCUUACCUCCUUUUCUACUUUACAGAAGGGUUUCAUGUUUCAUCCUCUUCAGAAAGUAUGAGGAGAAUGUAUGCUAAGAGGAAUCUCUUCAGAGCCAAGCCUUCUGUCUUGGUUUCUUCUUGCUAAGAGCCAUAAAAUACAGCAGUACUUCUGGUUACAUUGAUUGUAUUUGUACCUAGAUUGUCAUGUGCUUUUGAGAGUCAUCAGUUACUCCUGACAACAUGGUUGUUAAACUGUAUUUCUGUUCCUUACAGGUGCAUCUUUGACGAAUAAGACUUAAAAACAAAUCUCCCUAGAUUUAAAAUUCUGUAUCUUCUUUAGGGUAAGAUAGUUUUUGUCAUUCUCAGAGUAUGAUUAUUGUGUGGGUGUGAUUCUGGGUGGUUUUUCUGAUUCAUGUCUUAAAGACACUCUUAAUGCUAAGCAGGCCCAUCUGGUCUGAGACCCUUUCCACUUCUGUCUUGUGCCUUUCUGUGCAUUAUCAAAGGAAAUCCUUAAUGGCAUUGCCUUGAUUUGCUUACAAGUAGAGUCCUUUGUGGGAUAAUUUGUCUUGUUCAUUAUACUUUACUGCCCCAAGUGUACAAAGAAGGUAACAGUUUACUGCCAUAUAACCUGCUUUUCCCAAAACAUGGCUCAUUUGUAUUGUUGCAGUUGCUGACUAGGUCCUGACCUCUUCCUUCUAAAAGCAGUAUAGGUUUACAGACCAGGUGAUCUGACUUACAUGAAAAAUCUAAUGCAAUAUAAGCUGUGUUCUACUUCAGAGUUAGAAAUCCAUAUUUUUGUGUAGUAGUAUGGUUCUACCAACUUUGUAGGCAACAUUAAAACCUUGGGAUUUUUGCCAUCUGUGGAAGAAAGUUUUGCAUUUUCUCAUAAUGCUAAAUAUCUCUGAGGGAAAACAUUUCUGCUCCUGGUCUAGAGGGAACUAGUGAAUUAUCACAAAUAUUAUAGUUUUAAAACUUUAUUUAGUUGAGGCCUUUUUGAGAGCCCUUUGGAAGGAACAGUUUUGUUCUCUGGUAAGGUAGUUCUUGAUAGUUUCUGUGGGGUGUUCAGGUGCCAUGCUAAUUCUUCUAGCAUUUAUGUAAUGCUAGCAGAGUGGUUAAGUGGUAAGCUUAGGGUUAUCGAAGUAAAUGAGUAUGUGAAAGCAAUUUCCUCUGAAGUCAGAGAGCAACUCUUAUAGGUGGAUCUUGGCAGAGACAAGUACUUUUCACCUAAAGACAACCCAUCUUGCCACAGAUAGUGAUGUGUAAAUGAUCCCCUCUGUCUUGCUGCCUGAUGAUAGAGUAGUGACUUGUGCAAGCCUUCCAAGUUUCCCUCUGAUAACCAAGCAGUUUCUUCUCUUGACAGAAAGGAAGAUGUGAGAAGCAAGUGGCCUUACUCAUGCAGCAUCCUUGGCUGAGCCUCAUCCUAGCAGUUGUCCCAGUGCUGCUCGGUUGUUACUUGGUGUCACUGUUGAUGACAUUCCCCACAGUCUUGCCUUAUUAAGCAGUAAUUUUUGAUAGAAUUAUUUAAUAUGUAUAUCAGAAUAUGCUGAAUAUAACAUUGCUUUUUGUGCUUAGCUGUCUGCGUACUUCAGGGGCUUUUGAGACAAAUGAAAAAAACUUUUCCCUUUGCUAAAUAUCCUAUAUUGCUGUGGUUUUGAUUUUUCUGUCUUUUUAACCCUUCUCUAUCUCUCAGUCUUCCUUUUCUGACAUCUGCCACUUCUUGUGUGCCUGUUAGGUUACCUCCCCAUAUAUUUUCUUCUUUGUCAGGUUCAUUAUUUUUAACUGCUUGAGCAAGAACUAGAUGAGACUUUCCUUAAAAAAUACAAGCCCUGGGGCAGUAUCCAAGACUCCUUGCUGUGGCUGAAAAGGACUUCAUGCUUUGGUAUUGGACAUUCAUUUCAUUGCUUCCAGUGCUCCUUGGUUCUUGCUGAGUUUCACAUGGUUCAGAUGGAGAGAAGUGAGCUUUAAUCACAAUUUUACCCUUAAUAUUUUGAAAUGUUUCAUUUCCACUUAAGUGCUGCUUGUACAAAAUCUGGGGUUACACAGUAAGGUUUGCUAAAUUAGCAUCAAAAGCCAGAGGUAGUACUGUUGCCUAGAGGGCACCAGCAGAAAACAUGCGCACACACCCCCCUCAAGAGACAAAAGGGUCAUUUUUGCUUUGCUUUGCUGUCCACUUAGCUCUACUUUUUGGCCUUCCUCCUGUAUGGAUAAUUUUGACCUAUAGGUGCCUUUUAAGAAUUGAGGGUCUGAUACCGUGUCCCAAGGAGUAGCUCAAGUAGUGGCUGAUGUUUUCAGGGAUUUUAACAUCAGACUUGAAUGAAUGAAUGAAAAAAAAAUUGAAGCUUUUUGUUUCUUUUUUUAAUGGCAGGACUGAGGAGAAAAUUUUGGUGAAGACAAUCAUUUCUCUCUGUUGACGUGGAUACUUCACAGUUUAUUUAAGAUGUUUUCUCAGAAGGCCCAGAGUUCAUGUUCUUGAUCAACUUGAAGCUAGUGGCUCUGGGACGGGGUCAAACAGUUGUAUUGUCCAGUUUGUGCUCUGCCGCUAAUUUAACGUGUGACCUUGGGCAAGUCAUUUACCUUCUCUGGGCCUCAGUUGCCUCAUCUGUAAAAUGAGGGAGUUGGGCUAGUUCUUCCAGCUCUGAAUUCUAAGUGACCUUGCCUACCUUGCAGCAGUUUUGGGUUUUUUCCUUACCUUUGCUCUGCUGUUUGAAGGGGGCUUUUUACUUAUUUCCAUGUUACUCAAAUGAGACUAGGCUUGAUCUUUUAUUAGUAUUCUCUUGUGGACAAGAAGUUACAUAGAAUGUCCUUAAGACUUAAUUUUAACCAAAGGCCUAGCACCACCUUACGGGUUGCAGUAAGUUUAUAAAACAAAAACAAAAACCUGGGGUGGGGGGAGCCUUCAUUUUAUUUUUCCAUCUGCUCUAUUCAGAGUUUUUAAAGGCUUUUUCCAAGUCAUAACAUUUUAGCUUUCAAGUUGAUGUAUAUGUGAUACCAUCCUUCUAAGUGCUGGUAAUUUUUUCACCUAAAAUGGAUCGAAAACCUAUUGUUAAUGCCUAGUGAUAUUAGAGGUCAUUUCUUUAGGUCUUUGGUUUGUUUCUUAACUAUUAUGUUCAGAAAAGGGAAAUUUCUCUGCAUUUUGUCAGUUGAAGUGGAUUCCAUGACUUAAGACAGCAGUACCAGUCAAUGAUGAUUCACUUAUUUUUGUCUCUUAACGUCCAUCUUGAUUACAUAGCCAGUGGUUGGAUCAUUCCUUUUAGAGUUUUCUUCUAUUCUGCCCUUGGAUAAGUCUAGUAAGUGAACGUGUUCUUCUUCUUCUUUUUUUUUCCCAAGGACCUGGAAGCCUUCCUUGGGGGUGGGUUAAGAAUAGGUGGGGUUUGGGGAGUCCUGAUAGAGACCAGCUCUGUUGUGCCUGAAAAGGAAGGGAUGAAACCAGCUGCUCUUGCUAAGGCUUCUUGUCAUUGAUGGAAGGACUCGUGGGCUUUGGUUGGUUAAAAGAUGAAAUACGGAGUUAGCAUACUUCCUCUAAAUAUGGGGUCGGUUCAAUGAAUUGAACAUGUGAUUUAUGGGAAAAGUGUGACUGCUUAUAGAUGAUGAAAACUUGGUAUGCUGCAGAACCCAGUGUGGAAGAAAUGGCUGGGAUGCUGGGAACAGAUUUGGUGGUGAUAGUCCCAAUUCUGUUUUCUUCCCCAAGGUCUGAGGAAUGCAGCUAUACCAAAACUCAUAGAAGAGCCACUCUAACCUUGAGCUUUUGAGAAAACUGGUUAGCUGAAGCUCCAGUUUGUUCCUUUGUGGCUUUCUGUAUACUUUUGCCUGGUCGAAGUCUGUGGCUAAACAAUAGUUGACCCUAUCUUGAAAACUCUGUAACAAAGUAUGUUUUUGAUUAAAAGAGAAAGCCAACUAAA